UGCACACAGAGAGCGCGAUGAGUGAUGCCGUGCAGACACCUUCUCGUGUCUACGAUCCGACACCCUACCGCACCAAGUCUCCCUCCGUGGAGUUCUCGGCGGGAGGGCUGCUGUGCGGCGGAAGAUACGCCUGGCUCGUCUCUCCAGGCGGACUCCUCCGCGUCUUUCAGUCUUCAGACGGAGAGUGCGUCUCGCAGCUGAGCCUGUCUCCGGGCAAGGGACGUCGCGUGGCCGUUUCCUGCAGCUGCGAGCUAAGCCCUGGGACCCUCUCUGCCGACUCCUCGGCGCGGGACCAGCCCCUGUUGGCUUUGGCGCUCACAGUCGACGGAGUACGAGCCAAUGCGACUCUAACUGUCCUCGAUCCCUUCUCGUCUCGUCUCGUACGAGCUGUGGAGGUCCCGUGGUCAGUGACCAGUCUCUGCGGGGUAUCUGGUACAGCUCUACAGUCUGCAGCGGGUCUAUUCUCCCCAGCUCUCUUGCAAGAAUUUUCUGGAGUUUUGUCUGUCGGUUGUGCCGAAGGUCACGUGCUGUUGGUUGAUCUAGCACUCUGUGUGUCCUCCGUCGGGCAGGGCAGCGUGCAGAGACCUCUGAGACUUGUCUUUGCAGACGGCGUGACGCAAAGAGGAUCGUCUGCUGUCAGUUCGGCGCGGGGUAACGGAGAACAGCUGGCUUGUGUGGACCUGUUAGCCUCAAACCACAAGAAAGGACAGUUCCACUACACCUCCACCAACCAGGCCACCACUCGCACCUUCCCCACUGACUCCCUCGCCAUCACAUCUCUCCAUUUCGCGCCCCAAAUCCUCUGUCUCCUCAUCGGCUACAGUAUCGGGUCGUUCCAACUCUAUGACAUGAGGAAGAUGGACGUGGUCCACGCAAGUCCUCCGCCGAAAACCCCGAUCCCCGUGACUCAUUUCACGUUCCAGGAACCGGAAAACGACCCAAAGAACAAUGUCUACAUUUGGGUGGCUCGUGGCAGCCCAGAACAUGCCAAUCUGGAUGUCGAGAAUAAGCUGACUCUCUAUCAAGUUCUGUUUGACCACAAAGUAUGCGGGGAAAGAGGCACCAUUUACCAGGACUUCUCGAGAUGUGGGCCGGGGUUUCUGUACCCUUUGACCCCCACGCCAACGAGACCACACCCAAACCGCUCCCUCUCCUCCUCCCUCCUCCUCUGUCGCACCGUGGAGCUGAGCAGGUCCGGGAGGGAACCAGACGAGUCACAUGACCCAGCCUUUCAUGGUCCGGACCUCACCGUGGCGAUGUUUGUUUGGGGGUGUGGUGACCCCGCCCACCGGGAUUACAUCAUCGGAGUGUUUGAUCUAAACCAAUACUACCACAGUCAGGUCCCCAGGAUGCUGCACUGGAGGACAUCUGGACAACAGAGCGGUGUUCUGGGGUGCUCCUACUUCUCAUUCUACUCCCUCAAGCCAAUGACCACCAACAACACAAUACUGGAUGUAGCUGUAAUGGACGUCGCUCCCUUUCUCUCCUCUCUUCCACCGAUCCCCGAGAGCCAUCUUUGGCCAACCUCUCUCUCCUUCAAUAUUAGAGCCAUAACUAGUGAAGGACUCCUGAACUGUUCGUGUCCAGGUCUCCAGAGAAAGGCCCUGACGGAGCUGACGAGGGGAGAUGUGGCCGUGUUCUCCUGUCCUCAGAGAGUGUUCAGUCUGUGCGAGAGGGCUGACCUCCUCGGACACGUCUGGGAUCUGGACCACACCGACCUGGAGGUUCAGAGGAAGGCGUUGCUGUCAGUGGCACUGGACCACGGCAUGAGGAGUCUGCUUCGUGACUGUGCCUUCACUUGGAGCAGCGGAGGUGGCGACAUCAGUUUCUCUGUCUUUCUUGACUGGCUUCGAGACAAGAUGGAGGACAUGAGAAACCAAAAAGACCACAUCUGUCAGCAGGUUUUUGAAGGAGUGGCAGAUUCGACAGACAAGUCAGCUCACCUUCUGAGCAACCUCGGACUGAAAUUCUCUCUCCUCUCCUCCCUUCUUGCCUCCCUCCUCUCCCCGCUCACCCCUCCCCACCCUCACCACUCCAUCUCCACCGAACUCCCGUCUGAUAACACGCACUUUAAUGAGCUGUCUGCAUUCUACAUCACCGCCUCAUCUUCGCACCUUGUCAUUCAAGUCUUGACGUGGUGUCUGAGAAACGGCCUCGCCCAUGUCUCCGGAGGUGGCGAGUUGCUGCAUGCCUUGGACAAAGUGUACGGCCGUGUUAGGAGGGAAAUGGGCCGUUGCCGGUUGUGUGUGGACCAUCUGAGUGAGGAGAUACAGAUGAAGGACUCCCACUACCACCCUCCCACCAGUCUCGAGGCUCAACUGGUGAUCUUCACCUCCUCAAACACAUUGGCUCAACACUGUCUUAUGAUGUAUUUUCUCAUCGAUGUGUGCACUCUCGGAGGAGAGUCCAGCUUCAACCAAAACGAGCUGCUGGCCAGCUACUGCCGGGAGUUCCGUCUCCCAACGUCGCUCCUCUCUCUGGUCAGAGCGUUCUGGUCUCUGGACCACUCGCAGCACCAGGUUGCUAUUGGUCAUCUGAGGGAAGAGGGAGUGGGCGACACCGAGUGGUUCCCAUGGCAACAGACGGCUCUGGCCUCUCACCUGGCGAAGACGAAUGAUACUCGAUCCCUGGCCCUCCUUUUUGCUUCCUCUAAUGUCUGUCUCUCUCUUAAAUGUGCCUAUAAAAUAUUUAUAGCAAAUAGAAUCCAACACUUUUCUUUACAAAGCGGCCUUUAAGUCUUUUUGUCCUAUAUACAGGCUGCUGUAAAGGACCCUAAGUUGUUGCUGAAAGUGUUGGUGGAGCGGCAGAACCUCUGGGAAGCUCUUAAACUCAUCAGAGAAUGUGAUGAUGAAUCUAUUGACGAGAUGUUCUUGGAUUUCCUGGACUUGUGCCACGAGCACAACUGUCUCAGUAAACUGGUCAACAUUCCAAUGACAGAGAGCGAAGAUGCUAUGUUCUGUGGGUAUCUGGAGGAGUGUCCGUCAUUCCAAGCCCAGGAAUUGCUCGUCAUGCACUAUGCAGCCCACAGUCGCUACGGCGAUGCAAUUAUACAACAAUCAAAGAUCAGACCAUUAGCCAAGGUGGACCCGGUUCCGGGGGCCAAGGAGCGGUCUCUGUUCCGAGACGGUCUCCUGGAGGCUUACAGAGCUGUGGCUCCUCGAGUGCUGUCCCAGGUGUGGAGGUCGGGGGAGGGCGAGCCUGUUCCUCUCUCUCCUUCCAGACCUCCAGCUGUCCCUCGAACCAGAGUUAAAAAUCCUCCAUUGUCGUCUGUGCUGGCAAAGAAGGAGGCAGCGACGAAGAUUGUGUCUUCAGCUGACGUCAUCUUCAAAGAGAUGCAGAGAAUAAAGGACGCUGCAGAGGCUGAGCCGGCAUCAUCUCCAUUCACUCAGAAGGACUCCGUCUGUCCGUCCACACCGUUCUUCUCCCAUCCUCCAUCUGUUAGGAAGGCCAUGCUAUCCAGGCAGAAGUCUUUGUCGACGAUGUCAGUGGUUCAGGCCACACCAGUCGCAGUUAGGGCGGAGUUCAGUCUGGUCUCCACUCCGUUCCAGCCCUCCCAUUCCUCCAGUAUGGUAUCGGGACUCACCUCCCUACGAACGCACAUGGAGGGCUUCAAACAACGCAUGUUGCAGAUGAGUCAAACAGCAAACAUUGAUCCGUCGUUACUAGCAACGCCAACAGUUCCACUCCAGUCGGCACAGCAACCAGGGUCUGUGUAUGCAUCGGGGCGCCCUCUCCCGGCCUCCAUAUUGAAAGUGAAGAACGGAAGAAGGGAGAAGGGGGAAGCGGGCCAAGACAGAGAGGGAGGGAGAGGCGAACCCAGAAGAAUCAGAUUUGCAGAGGAAGGUACGGUAAUGGAGAGUCCGGCGCCUUCCCUGACUACUACUUCUGUCCAGCAAACACACUCCUUGCCACCAGAAAGUAAACCUGGGUUGACGUCAGCCCAAGCCAUGGCAGCUGCAACUCCGCUCCCGUCCGGCGAAGACUCCGACCUUUUUUACUCCUUCACCGACUCACCCACCACCUCCGCACCUCCUCCUCCUCCCAAUCCGACUGUUUCUCCGUCACCUCUUCCCCCUCCUCCACCCUCCCACUUCUCCCAAUCCCCACUCCUCCAGGGCACACCCUCACAGUCACCACUCCCCAAAACACAGCUCUUCAUCGGAGCCGACGAUGAAGACGAUGAAGAUGAUAAACAACAACAACAACAACAACAAAGUAUGGAUGCUACCAGUGUGGCUGGUCCUCAAUCUAGUGGUGUCACGGCAACCACUUCAUCACCUCAACAAAAGAUACGAUUUCCUGUUCUGAGUCGCGAGAGUAUCGGGUUCCGUCCCCGAGCCACGCCCACCAGUCGAGUCACUGGCGGGACAUUUACGCCGCGCCAUCCCAGCCCCCUCGCACACGCAAUCACAUCGCGGGAACCGAAACUCAAUUUCCCGGGGGGCCCCCAGCGUCCAAGCCAGUUUUCCGGUGGUUCCGACAGAGGGAGAGGUCGAGGUAUACCUUCUCCUUCACUCGGCGCCUUAUCUGCCACAAUGGUUCCUGUUCUGACGGAAGAAGAAGGAGAGGAAAGAGAAGACGAAAGUGAGGGGUCCUCUUUUACGAGAGUCACACCGGUUCCCUCGAAAUCGUCGACCCCCGAUGGGGACCGCAAGUACAUCUUCUCACGAGGGAAGAUUAUUUCCACCCCACCUCCCCUUCCUCCACCAGUGUCGGAGUUGAGGGACGUUACUCCACGGGGUAAAGAAUCGGGGUACGUGUUUUCUCCUCCGUUUACGAGGUCGGCGGCCCGGCGUGCGGCAGCUGGCGGAGAAGUGAGGGGGAGGAUGGGGCGGAGGGAAGGGGAGACGACGAUGACAGCCGUGGUAGUGGGGGAGGAGGAGGAACAGCAGAAAGGCAAGAAACUCACUUCAACAAGGAGGCGGUCCCUCGCUGGUGUACAUAUUGAGCUGGUGACUCCGCCCUCUCAGAACACCACACCCAUCACUGGAGGCAGAAAGGGUCAAAGGUCAAAGAAGAAAGUGUACGCCAUGAGUACAAGAAGCAGCAGGAGCACGAGACUAGUACAAGACAAAAAACCUUCCUGACACACGAAAAAUUAUUAUAGGCAGUGGACAAAAUUAUUAUUGCCCAGUGUAAAUUGUGUCGGCUCAUGUAAAAUUGUAUCUACUUGUCAAAAAUAUUU